AUGACUCCAACUAAGCAACACCACCUCCAUGCUCUCCUGCUCCUCCUCAUAUGCUCCUACUCCAUAGAUGCUGCAGCCAAGCAUAAUGCCGCCGUCCCUUGCCACCCAGAUCAAGCUUCUUCCCUGCUCCAGUUGAAACAGUCCUUCAUCGACGUCGAUGCAAGCUUGGCUUCAUGGCGAGCUGGAAGUGACUGCUGUCACUGGGAGGGCGUCGCCUGUGAUGUGUCCUCGGGGAGAGUCGUUUCCCUAGACCUUGGUGGGUAUAACUUGGUGAGCCGUCGUCUUGACCCAGCAAUCUUCAACCUCACAUCUCUGCGGAACCUCAGCCUUGCGUACAAUGACUUCGGCGCCGCCAACCUCCCAUCUUAUGGGUUCGAGCACUUGACAAAUAUCAUCCAUCUCAACUUCUCCCUUACCAAUUUUUUUGGCCAGAUUCCCAUUGGAAUUGCUCGGCUCAAGAACCUUGUCACUCUUGAUUUUUCUGAUAAUUAUGGCUUAUAUAUGCAAGAGCCAAACUUCCAGACCUUCAUGGCAAAUCUAAGCUAUCUGAGAGAACUCCGCCUUGAUGGAGUGGACAUCUCCACCAGCGGAUCAAAUUGGUCCAUUGUUCUGGCGGACUCUGUUCCUCAGCUGCAAAUUCUUAGCUUGUUUCUGUGCGGUAUGUCUGGCCCUAUCCAUCAUUCUUUCUCGAGGCUUCGUUCCCUAACGAUUAUCGAUCUCGGAAACAAUUGGGGGCUCACUGGCAAAGUUCCUGACUUCUUUGCUGAAUUUUCUUCCUUGAGAAUUCUUGAUAUAUCAGGAUGUUCUUUUAGAGGGCAGAUUCCAACAAAAAUUAUCCUGAUGAAAAGUUUGAGGGUGCUAGAUUUGUCAAGGAGCCCUAAUAUUUCGGUCUGCUUACCAGAUUUCCCUCUUGGUAAUGACCUGGAGACAUUAAAUCUAGCAGGGACCACCGUGUCUUGUGAUAUACAGCCAUCUCUUACAAAUCUCAAGUCUUAGAAGAAUUUGGGUCUAAGCA